AUGUCUUCUGUCAUUUUGCGACUGAGACAUCUUCGAGCCAUAUAUGGACGAAAUUUUAGUGUUUCCGACGAAGAGUCCAGUGAAACUGUAGGAGUGACUUUUGCGCUAAGUUCUGUUAAUCAAGAUAACAUUGGAUACUAUUACGUUAGUGAUAUUGCCUGUGACCUCAAAAAUCCAGAAUGGGAUCCAGUUGAAAUAUAUAAUCUUCCUAAGCAAUACUUAUCAUCCAAAGCCGUCUUAUUUACUUUUUUUCUAUCACACAGAGACAGUAAUUCAAUUCUGUUUGAGAUUGUAGUACAUUUUUCCGGCCUCGUACUUACAAACUCAGAAGUGCGUGAGAAUAUGUGUGCCUCUAACUCAAGAGAUCAGGUUUACUUCCAAAUGGGCAGGCGUAUUUAUGCUUUCCGCGAACACCUCGACCCAGGCCUAAUCUGUCCUCAUCUGUGGCCUAAAGGUAAAUCCCUUCCUUCCUCCAAGUUAUCUUACAACUUUACCACGCUCCAAAAGUUUUUAGCCAACAAGGAGGCUUCUAGGGUUCAGUUAAAACGUAUCAGCUACAUGCAAAAUCUUGCUAGUGGUUUUCAAUCUUCACUAUAUAAUUUAUUCAGUCAAGGUGUAGCUACUGAAAGAUUAGCUAUUGCAAUCGAAUCUGUCAAGCAACGCAUAGAAACACUCAAAUACUCAAUAUCAUUAGCACGCAAUAAACUACACACACUGGAAAGCAGAAAAUUUUCUCUGGAACAGGAAUUCUUUAAUAUAAAUGGAAGUAAAGCAGCAAUUAAUAGCCGGUUGAAAGUUUUGAAACAAUCUCUAAUGCGUGGCUAUAAUGACCUCAGCAAAACACGUUACGCACUGUUGACUCGUAUUCUUCAUUUAUUGAGUGAAGUUUAUGGUCUUUUUAUCAAUGAUUUAAUAAAUCCAAUGUACAACAUUGGUGAAGAAAUUAACUCAAACGGCAUUAUAAAUUUAGUAACAGCAACGAAUGAUGAAUCCAUGGAUAAGUUUUCUAAUGAUUACGUUCAUAUAAAUGAGCAUUUUUCAGUUCCAUUGGAUGGAGUAGAAUUGUCUAAUAAUAAUAAUAAUAAUAAUAAUAAUAAUAAUAAUAAUAAUAAUAAUAAUAAUAAUAAUAAUAAUAAUAAUAAUCCAAUUCAUCAUAUAAACUAUGGAAUUGACACAUUUACAUCGCCUACAUGCUUUGCUUAUAUCUUGCAUUUGUUUACUUUGAUCACUGCAAUCCUUGACCAACCAAUAAUUUAUCCUAGAGAUUUUGUUGAAAUCUAUCCCAAGUUAAAACUGUUGGACAUUUCCAUUCGUGAUAUUUCUCAAUCAGAUCGUUGCCUAGCAACUUACAUACUAAAACGUAAUAUCAUCUCUUUGGGUUCAAGAUUUAAUUUAUAUCUGACGCCAGAAAAGCAUGCGUUGUAUAACUUGAAAUAUUUAUUUGAUCAUUUUCAGAACAAUUUAUUAACAAAAAUAUACCAACAUGAUAUUGUCGGGUUUGUAUAGUUGUUUUGUUUUCCUUCAAAUAAAAUACAAUGUGAACUUUUUUGAAUGACUGAUCAUAACAACAAUUUGAUUAUGAAUAUGAUGAUUAUUUCAUUUUAUCUCAAUAUAUUCUGCACUUAUUAAAAUGCAUUAAAUAACGUAAAUUAUUAGUGACAGUAUGUGUGUGUUCUACCAUGUAAAUUAUAA